GAUAAAUAAAAAUCUUUACAAUCUUUCAACUUCGAUCAUAAGAAAUCGGCCGCUGGGCAACUCCAAUCACAUCAUCCAACUUUUAGUCAACCCAUUGAUAUAUAUAUAAGAUCUCUUUAUGUAUAAACGAAACUUUUUUAUAUCCUAGUUCUCACACUCUUGCUUAUAGGCUAUAGCCAAUUGAUUUAUCAAUUUCUAUUUAUUUUUUUACUUGGCCUCUGCACAAUCACCAAGACGUGAUACCUCACAUGCGCUAUGGCCGAGAUGGGUCUUUAUAAAACAAAGUCUAAACAUUACAUUGAUACUUAUUAUCAAAUCACAAUCAUCAAUAUUUUCAUUCUCUCUUUAAUCACAUCUUCCUCCAUGGCUUCUUCUUCAUCUCCAGUUGAUUUUUCAACUGCAAUUCUAAUAAGGGUUGAUCAAUCAGGCAAAGGAGAUUUCAAUAAGAUUAAAGAAGCAAUUGACUCUAUCCCUCCCAAUCUAAACAACUCUCAACUUUAUUUCAUUUGGGUCAAGCCUGGAGUUUACCGAGAAAAAGUGGUGAUUCCUGCGGAUAAACCCUACAUAACAUUGAGUGGAACAAAAGCUUCCAACACAGUUCUCAUAUGGAGCGAUGGUGAAGACAUUUUGGAGUCACCCACUCUCACAGUCUUCGCAUCCGACUUCAUAUGCCGAUUUCUCACUAUUCAGAAUAAGUUCGGAACAGCGGGACAGGCGGUUGCGUUGCGAGUGGCAGCGGAUAAUGCAGCGUUCUACGGCUGCGUGAUAACGUCGUACCAAGACACUCUUCUCGACGACAAUGGAAACCAUUACUUCAAGAAUUGCUAUAUUGAAGGAGCCACUGAUUUCAUUUGUGGAAGCGCAUCGUCUCUCUACGAAAAGUGUCAUUUACACUCGUUGUCGCCGAAUAAUGGGUCGAUAACGGCGCAAAUGAGAUCGUCGGCGACGGAGAAAUCAGGGUUUUCAUUCUUGGGAUGCAAGUUAACCGGUACGGGCUCCACGUAUUUGGGAAGACCAUGGGGAGCUUAUUCUAGAGUUGUCUUUGCAUAUUCCUUCUUCUCUGAUGUGGUUGCACCUCAAGGAUGGAACGAAUGGGGAGACUCGAGUAAAAACAAUACUGUAUAUUAUGGUGAAUACAAAUGUUACGGUCCCGGAGCAGAUAGGAGAGAAAGGGUAAAAUGGUCGAAACAAUUAUCUGACGAGGAAGCCACCAUCUUCAUGAGCAAAGAUUUUAUCGGCGGCAAAGACUGGCUUCGACCUGCGCCUUCUCACUUCAAGGCUGCUCUCAAAUCAAACCCGAAAGAAUUAAUUGAUUAAUACUCUCUUUCUUUUCUUUUUUGGUCAAACAAAUGAUUAAUACUCUUCUUUGUAUAUAUAUCCUUUAUACAUAUCGACUGUAAUUAACUAUGUGUGAUAGUGUGUACAAUAUUUAAGACGGGUGAUACAACAAUACUCUCUGUAAAUGAACUUCUACAACCACCCAAUGAUUAUCACCCUUUAGUAUGGUAUAUACUAUAUAGUAAACCCCAGGAGAUUCAUAAAUUAAGAAAUUGAUAAAAACAAAUGAAACUUUUUGGGCAGAUACCAAGAAAUACAAAACCAAGAGAGAUAUUAGAAAGUUUUUCUCUCGAGGGUCUCUCCCUCCCGCUCUUCUCUAACCCUAGCGCCGCUAUCAGAUCUUGAUUCCGCUCCGGUGCUCGGGGGCUCCGGCCUUCGUUCGGCGCUCACGUUAGCCCCGACGCUGGAGGCUCCUCUCCUCGAUUUCUUUUGCUUCUCCGCUGCUUUCGUCCUUCCUAUCGCCUUGCUUGUUUCUCUGUGUUUGAAGCUUUCUUGGAGGCACCUUCGCUCGAGAGAAGCUCUGUGUCUGGUGUGAGUCCUUUAGUCAUGGAUCUACGGCGCGAUGGGUUCUGGCGGCGCUGUCGGAGAAGUCGGCGUUUAGGGUUUUGGAGGCGGUCCCUUGAGCCGCUUCUAGAGUUUGGCUGCGCGUGGAGGCGUGAGUCGGGCCUCUGUUCAAAUUUGAUCUCCGGUUUCCUAGAUCUGAGGUCUUUCGGUCUGUAAUGUUGCGGCGAAGGCUGCAGUUCGAUUGUCCUUUCCUUGGUGUCCUGGUAAGGGUGAGCUCUGUUUGUCUUCGCCAUUGGGGUAUCGGAGCUCUCUCUAGCUCGGUUGCAAGCUUAACCGAAGGCGGUGGUUUGUACCUCUUCUUAAGGUGGUGGCUCGUGGUAGGUCCAGAGGCGUGGUGUUGGUCGUCUAUGGUCACUCCGAGACGUCGCUGCGACCUCCCUCCCUUUCGGCUUGUUCUCUUCCCGGCUUGUGAUUCAGAACCGAUCUUUGAAGCUUUGUCGACUGGUUUUUUUGGUCUUUGCUCGUGUGCUUUUUGGUUCGAUUGCUCCGUUGUCACCGGUCGCAAUCUGUGACAUUGUAAGCUUACUGUACUUAUGUUUUCUAACACGGCGUUUGGAGAUGAUGCUCAAGGCUCUGUGUGGUCUGUGGGUCUCCUUGGUAUCGUCGGUGGCUCCAUCCGGUGUUGCGCACAUCCCAGUGCUGUGGCUUCCCCUUGGUUGCUCAUGGUAGUAUCGGUAGCACUAAUGCUUCUUGCAGGCCUUUCGAGCAGUUCAGGUUCUCGUGCAGCGGUCAACUUGUUCCCGACUUCUUGCUUACCGAUCUUGGUUUGGAGGUCAUUGUGUCUCUAAGCCAUUGGCCGGUCAAGGCGCUUUUGAAGAUUGUAUAGAGGGAGUUGAAGCAAUUUUCAAUGGUUUGUGUUCUUUUUCCCAACUUCAUUUGUGUUUGUGCUUAAUGACGGUGACGGUUAUAAGAUCUCGAAAAGAGCUAGCUACCCCAGAGACGUCACGGAAAUUCCCGGUAUCCGAGGCAACGAGGUGAACCUCACGUUCCCGUGGUCAACGUCGAAGGGGAUAACGGCUUUAGAUUCCUAAGGAUUUUAAAAUCAACUUAGCGGAAUAUGCAUGGUUUAGUGGGCGGGUGAAACUCGAUUGUAAUACAUUGAUUUAGGAGCUUUUGUUCUGAUCGAACUUGUAACCUGAACUGAUUGCCCGGUUUACAGGACGAUUUUAGUAUAAGUAAUUUAAAAAAUAAUAAUAAUAAUAAAAUAAAAUGAAACUUUUUGAGAAGAUAA